CCCUCCCUCCUCAUGGCUCCCAAACGCACGGAGUUUCCCCCUUUCGGGUGGCGUGAGACCUCGACUAUCAACCUCGGUGGGCAAACGACGCCCAUCACGUUCUGUCCGCACUUCCACGCACCCCUCGCCAGUGGCAAGAGCAAGGACGGCAUGAUAGAGCACCCUGACGGAAUGGUCAAGAAGAUUUGCAACACCGCCUUCCUCAAUUUCGUCAACACGAGCGACACGUACCGCUACGUCGAGGGGGAGCCGUGCGUGAUGCACAAGGACGUGUAUGACAUCACCGGCGGGUGUUCCAAGUCCCUCACCAAGACCAGCAUUGUGUGCUGUUCCCCUCGCUGUCGUGACGGCUCCAGAUCGGCUCGUGUGUGUGCCGAGCACAACCCCAGCACGUGGAAGACGACAACCGACAACCCACUGCUUGCGUCGAUGUUGGAGUUCACGGCCAGCAAGCACACGGGCAAGAAGGGCUUUGUCUGUACCAAGUGCAUGCUGGAAGCGUUUGAUGAGGUGAGAAAACACAGCACAGCGCAGCAUCACAUCGGCGUGCCAGGGUGUUCAUCUCUGUGUUGUGUGUGUGUAUGUAUAGCAACUCACCAUCAUCAAACAAGCCCGUGUCAAGUACGGCUGGUGUGCGGAGACGCCCGACAACCACAAGUCCAUUGUCGCAGCACUGGACGGCACACAGAUGUAGGUGAAUAUAGCGAGAAGCAUGUGUGUGAUGUGUGUGUCUAUGUGUGCAUUCUGUGUAGUGGCAGGAUGCGUUAGAGGUCACGGAAAGCGAACAGCAGCCACCAGUCCCAUUCACCACACCACCAGCCCAGCUGCAGUCAGCACACAUCAACACGGCGGUCAGCGAGUUGUCGAUCGACAUGCUCAAGCUCACCAUCAAGGAAGCGGUCAAGGAGGGCGUGAGGGAGGGUGUCGAGGAGGGCGUGUGAAGGGUGUUGGCCAGCACACGAUGAGAGAGAGGGAGGGCAAGGUCUGUUGUGUGUGCGAGGAGGGUGCUGUGUGCGAGAGGAGAGGGCUGGGUCUGUUGUGUACGGGUUCUGUAGUGUUGUAUUGUUAUUUAUUCAUGUUAGUCGUCAUUCAUUGCGUGUUCAAAUUUUAAUUGUUCACGCUUUGAAUAUUAUGCUGUCUAACUCUGUGCGUCAUCUGCUUGUCGUCUGUUGUGUGUAUUGUCGUUGUAUGUAUUUCAUCUGAGUGUCGUCUGUCGUGUGUAGUGUCGUUGAUUAGUGUACAUAUUCGUGCGAGACAAAAAUCAAUUGCCUGCGUAAAAAAAAAACACUCUAUGUUCAAUUUUCAAUGUUUAACAUACCAUUUGUAGAGUGUCUUAUUUGUACAGCGUAUUAAAAAAAUCAAUGAAUGGCAACGCUUGCACUUCAUAGUAC